AUGACUAGGAAAGUUUGGCUAUUGUGCGUGAUAUUUGCGGUAAUUGUUUCUCGCAAAAAAAUUCAUGGAGACGAAAAUAUUUCCAACGCGAUAAGGUCACUACAGGAACAAGUAAAUGCUUUGCUCGAUCAUCGGCAACAGGAUUACAAUGCCCUUGAGGCAAGCUUGAAGCGUGCAAUCGAGAAAAAUACAGAGUUAUUCGUUUUAAAGAACGAAAUUAAACAAUUGAGAAAAGAAGUAAUCUUCCUACGCGGUGGUAAUGGAAAUGAAGCGAAAAACGAAAGAUUGCGAGUAAGAUGGCUAGGAAGUGCAGUCACCGAACUUAAAGGAGAAAUUGCAGAAGUUCUUCGUACGAGAAAUGUAAGCGAAGAACUUGCCGAGAGAUCUAGAAUGAAAGGUGAACUUGCUCUCAUGAAAGGAGACAUCGCUGCAGUUGGAAAAGGAGUGCGAAAUCUUGGUGGUAGAAUUGCCAAAAUCGAAGCUGUUCUCGGAAUGAUACGUGUUGAUAUAGCUGCGGUGAAAGAACGCUUUAGCAUACUUUUUCGCACCUGCGCUGAUAUUGCCAGUCAGUUGAAUUCGAUUCAAAUCGAAGUGAAGUCUUUUAAAUGUGAAUCAUCGUUGGUUAAUGCGGCAAAUUCUGCGAUUCCACAUAGAGGGGGAGCAGAAGGAGAAAGAGGUGAAGAAGAAGGCACAACAACCAUGGCAACUAUUGUGGCAAUGGCAGAAGUAUCAUCGCAAUUCAAUGGGAUGACUAUAAAGCAUAACAAUCGUACGGGUGCAGCUGUCACAUUGCGCAGUGUUCCUCGGCAUAGGUUAGUGCGGAAACACGGUUAUUCGAAAAGAAGCGAAGAACAUCGAAUACGAUUAGAUGAUCGUUUGAGAAACCUCGAGAGGAAAAUGAUUCUGACGACGCAGAGACAAGUAUCGUUGGAAAAACGAAUCGACAUUGUAUAUGAGAAUCAGGAAUGGUUGGAUUUGAACAAACGGAUAAAAAACUUGGAGAAAACUCAAGACGAAUUGCCUGGAAAAAUUUUAAAUGCUAGCGAGAAUACAAUUUUAACGAAAGAUAUCGACGAAUCACUCGGCUCGCGUUUAAUCGGUUCGUUACGAAAUCUUGAAGACACCGUGGAAACAAAUAGCUCGUUUACAAAACGAGAAUUACUGCGACUCAGUGUAGAUGCUGUUCGAAAAGCUGCCGAGCUGUCGUUGACCAGGGUAGAGCUAAAUAAUUUACGUCGUACCGUACAAGCAUUAAGUGUCAGUGCGUCUAAGCUUCAAGAGAGGAGUGAUAGACGAGAAAAAGUGAUUGAUCAGAUAAACGGUAUCUACUUAACAGCCAAUUUUCAUCGAUUAUCCUCUGCUGAUACCACGUCAACAUCGAAAUCGUCGAGUGACGCAUUUUUAAAUUUCAAUCAACUAAAGAAUCGGUAUUAUUUAGUUGGAUAUAAUCUGACCGGUGAUUGCGAGCGAAAAACCGCGAAUAACGAACCAACGGACGCGCUAAGACUAUUGAGAGCAACAGAGAAAGAAAAAAAACCGAUGUUAGCGUUUUGUCGCGAAGGUUGGAUCGUCAUUUCACGUCGAAUCGAUGGAACUCUCGAUUUCGAUCGCAACUGGAAUGAUUAUUCUCUAGGUUUCGGUUCUCCAUUCGGCGAAUAUUGGAUUGGCAAUGCAAUCCUUCACAAACUUACUCGUGACAACUGCACCAGUCUUCGAAUCGACAUGCUAGAUAUUUAUGGGGAACGUUGGCGUGCCGAAUACGAAUCGUUUAAAGUAGAGUCAGUGGAAACCGGUUAUAGGUUAAGUGUUUAUGGAUAUUCAGGAAACGCGACCGAUGCUUUUUCCUAUCAAAACGGAAUGGCUUUUAGUGCGAGAGAUCGAGACAUGGAUGCUAGCGCGACUAAUUGUGCCAGAAAUUACCAUGGCGGAUGGUGGUUUAAUCGGUGUCAACAUGCAAAUUUAAAUGGCAAAUAUUCCUUAGGCUUGACAUGGUUUCGAUCAGAUACCAAUAAAUGGAUGUCGAUCGCUUUUUCAGAGAUGUCCGUACGUAGGAACCCUAUUUGUCGGUUACGAUAGUGCUCGAUUUUGCAUCGACCUUCACGUUUUUUCCAUACCAAAGACUUUUAUUAAUUAUAAUAUAUCACAAUCGUAAUAUUAACUAUUAUUCAUUCAUAAACGAUGCAAAUGUUCAGAUGCAAAAGACAGAGCAAUGCUCUACCUCUGUAAUUAUCAUCUUUUAUCAUGGUGAGUUUAGUCUUUGAAAAAUAUUUCAAUUAUAUUUUAAAAUUCUUUAAUCAUAUAUGAAUAACCUUAAGUGAAAAUACGAACGGUACAACACCAUUUUAUUUUCUCAUUUUCUUCCAAUAUAGUAUCACUUAAU